UCUCUAUCUAUCUAUCUACUGUGUCUCUCUCUCUUGCUCUGUCUGUCUAUCCAUCUGUUUGUCUGUCAGAUAGAUUGAUAGAUUGAUAGAUUGAUAGAUUGACAGAUUGACAGAUUGAUAGAUUGACAGAUUAACAUUUCUCAUAGUAAGAUACCAAAAUGUUUUGAUUCGUCAUAGAUUUCUUUUAUUUCAAUCUAUCUGUCUUGUCUGUUCGUCUGUCAUUGUUUUGAAGGGAAAGAAAAGAAAAAAACAACAGUACAUGUUUUUGACAGAAUGCUUUAAAAUUGAUACGGUGACAAUAAUACUGUGGAGUAUUUGGGAUGAGAAUAUAAAUUCUGAAGAAGGGAUCAGUAGUUGUAUUGAUAUGACGGUCAUGUUAACAAAAACAUAUUACUUAACAGUAAUCCAGCUUGAGAGACACAGAGGAGACAACAUUUGAGCUCUAUCACCUCAUCACCAGAUAAAGCUAGACAGCAUGUAGCCUCAUAUUUUGAUAAGAGGCUACAUCAAUGUAUAACCUCUAAAUGUGAGUCAUGAUCAAAUACAAGAUAUUAACCCGCCUCAUCACAAACAGAGAGCGAUUACAUGACUGUAUUUGUGAAGGUGCAGCUUUAUCAGUACAGAGUGUAAGCGUAGUCGAGCCCACACUUACGCCUAUGAGGCUUUCAGACAAGAAGACUAAUGUUGAAAUCCUCAAUACAAAAUUAACAGUGAACAUAUUGAAACGAGGUUCUGCCAUAUAAAUAUGAUGUCAUUUAUAGGUUGGCAAAGAGGGCAAAGGGCCAUAAAGUAAUAUUCCUGAACAUACUGUACUUUGGAGGUUGCAGCUCAUGUUACAAAAUAAAAUGACUGACGUGAGCACCACGCUGCUGCCUUCAGUUUUAUAUUUAUGUAAUUACUUCAUCUGUGGGGGAUUGGACAAGGUGCUGUACAGUUAAGUGAUAUCACAACUGCAGUGCAAAGUAAUGUUGCCCGUACUCGUACAGCUGCGAUCAAUGUUACUGUGGCCUUUGCAAUACAACUGUAAAUAUAUCUCCAGUACACUACAUGCUUCUAGAACAUCGCUCCUUAAAUAUCUACAAGUUAUAUAAUGUGGAGGAGAAAGUCAUAUUUACUGUGUGAAUUAUGGAGAUCUUGCAUUGAUUUUAUUUUUUUGUCAGAGACUGUAAUUUUCCAGUCCGGCUCGACAAAUGAGACUUAUUUCAUGAGCCGUUUUCCUUGUUGCGAGUUGGUCCCAAAGUGUAAACAUGAGACAUGAGGACAUGUUAUUUAUGGUGCUCAGAUUGCUAACGCGUAGGCUUGUGUUCAUAAUGUUUACAGUGUUACCGUGUGAUGCCCACACACAGAAAUGACCACUGAUCAGGAUCUGACUAUGGAUGGCCAGCCAGCCACAGCCGUGUUUGCUGCAAAGGGCAUUGAUGUAACAACUAGUAAAGACCAAGGAGUUAUCAAGGUUGUGAAGCGUCAUGGGCUCGAUGGAGAGAGACCGAUGGUUGGGGACAAAGUGACCGUCCACUACACUGGGAAGCUGCUCACCGGGGAGAAGUUUGACUGCAGUCGAGAUCGCAAAGAAGCUUUUUGCUUCAAUGUGGGCAAAGGACAAGUCCUCAAGGCCUGGGAUAUUGGUGUGUUGUCUAUGCAGAUGGGCGAGGUGUGCACGUUACUGUGUAAACCAGAGUACGCUUAUGGAUCUGCGGGAAAUCCUGAAAAAAUUCCUCCCAACUCGUCAGUUGUGUUUGAGAUGGAGCUACUCAAGUUUGAAGGAGAGAUUCUCACUGACGAUUCCGGCAUCAUAAGAAGAAUAAAGGUCAAAGGUGACGGUUACACUAAUCCCAACGAUGGCUCAAGCGUUGAAGUGCACCUGGAGGGAAGGUGUGGUGAUCGACUGUUUGACUGCAGGGACGUCUGCUUUAUUGUCGGCGAGGCUGAGGAUAAAGGCGUUCCUCUCGGAGUGGACCGAGCCAUGGACAAGAUGCAGAAAGGAGAGUGCUGUGUACUUUACUUAAAACCAAAGUAUGGCUUUGGAAGCGAAGGUAAACCUGAGUACAAAGUUGGACCAGACAGAGACUUGAUAUACGAAGUUACCCUCAAAAGUUUUGAAAGGGCUAAAGAAACCUGGGAAAUGGAGUUGCCUGAAAAGCUAGAUUUGGCUGCUGGAGUUAAGCAUAAAGGGAAUCAGUAUUUUAAGGUAGGUCUGUACUACCAGGCAGUCAUCCAGUACCAGCGUAUCGUUUCCUGGCUGGAGAUGGAGUGUGGUACUGGGAUAGAGCAGCAGAAGAGGAUACAGUCUUUUACGUUGACAGCACACCUCAAUCUAGCAUUGUGUUUCCUGCGGAUGAAAGAGUUUUCACAAGUUGUGGACAACUGCAACAGGGUGAUUGAGCUUGAUGAGGACAACGAGAAGGCUUUGUAUCGUCGUGGGGAAGCCCGUCUCCUUCGUAACGAGUUCAGCAUGGCCAUGGAAGACUUUCAGCAAGUGCUGCGAGUCAACCCUUCAAAUCGAGCGGCACAUGCUCAGAUUUCCAUCUGCCAGAGCAAGAUUAAGGAACAUCAUGAACAGGACAAGAAGACCUACGCCAACAUGUUCCAGAAAUUUGCCGAACGGGACACCAAGAUUGGAAAGACGAAGAGGAGGCGGGAUGAGAGCGUGAGGAGCAGCAUGAACGGUGAAGUGAGCAACAAACGACGGCGGAGGAGUCAGGACUGCCCAUCGUAAAAGAGACAUUUAAAGGGGAGGAAAAGAAAGACAUGCUUUCCUUUGCUUUCCAAGUCCAGGAAGCAGGGGCAGGAACGAAGUCGUAUAAAAGCCUCUAAUCCAAACCUCUUCAUCCCAAAAUCCAACAUUACCAUUCCUGCAUACAAAGCAGAGUUUAAACAGGGACGUUUGCAAGCCAAACAGCAUUUCCCUUGUCACAUGGCCUGUGCAACUGCCAGGACGUACCUUCAAAUGGAAUUAGCAACGCAGAAUCAGUGAGUUAAGAUUGGUGAACACUUCAACCCCCCAUCUUUUGUUUCUUUAAAAACACAGAGCAAUUCCUUUGAAUUUGCCAUUAGGCUACAGUGUAGAGUUCAGAUGUGCCUCCACAGUGUGUUUCAUAUUCCCAAACUGUAUGUGCUGAUUUUCAGACCUCUGGCUUGUAUUUGCUAUUAAGCCUUUUUCUUGGGCAGCUGCAUGCAGACAUCACGAGGUGUUUGGGAUUGAGACAUGAAACUUUGCUAUUUUUGAAUUUUGCAAUACCAUAUGUACUUUGGAUAAAAGGCUUAUCAAGUCCCAGAAGCUCAGUGGUAUUUUAAACCUUUCCCUGCAAAAGUAAGAAAAAGUAAAAACCCAUAACUUUGUUCAUACAAAUAUAAUAACGCCUGCAUUCAUGUAAAGUAAUGUUGGGAAAACUGAAAAUACAGAAAUAUUAAAGUGUUAGAAAUCUAGGACUUAAAAACAAUUGUCCUCCAAACAUGAAUCUCCAAUAUUGCUUUAAUCAACAAUAGAAACCUCAAGUUUCCGAUCAGCAGAGGUAGAGCGUAGAAUCUGAAACAAGCACAAACUACAGAUACUAAAUUAUACCAAAACAUAAAUCUUUAAUUCUGGCGUUCUGGCAAAAUCACAAUUCACUGUACUUGGUUAUUGCUAGUAACAGCUGAAUUAAUAUUAUUUUGUGACAUUGAGCUGCUACCUAUACAGGGAAAUUAGUAUUUUUUUAAAAGCCUACAACAGAACAUAAACUGUGGUGCAGAAAUUAUUUCCAGAAAUAUAAUUCAAAUUAAGCCCCUUGUUUUGGGCAAAGAUGAAGCGUUGUUUUACAAUGAAUAAGACCCUGCACUAAAAUAAUUUAUUCAUGAAUGCAUGUGUGAUAGGUAAUUUUUAAUUUGUUGAAAUCUUGUUUUUUAUCCAUUAAACACGAGUUUUGUUUAUGAGAAGCCAGUCUAGUAUUGUAGUAAAAGGAUGAUCUGUGGGAGUGAUAACAGAUGACAACAUCCUUUUCAUGGACUGAUUACAUUUUAAGACGGCAGCUGCAAAACCUUAAUGAAAAAAAAUACAAAAGUAUAAAAUAUAUAUAUAAAAUUAUAUGUUUCUACUCCCAAGGUUUGGUGGAUUUUAGUGAUUGAUGACUUUCUUCUUCUGUUGCACUUAUUGUAUGUUUAUCUAUCAGCUAAUUGCAUAAACAAGCAUGGCACAAUCCUCAACACACAGAAUCUUCAAUUAACAGAUGACUGUCAGAAAUCCUUAUAAUUAUGAUGAUAACCUCUUACAGAAGGAGGCAUUUGAUCAUAACAUCCUAUUCCCACCUCUGUAUUUGUGAGUGCAAGUGGGAGAGAGACACAGAAACCACAAUUAAGCUUUAAAACCGUCAGAACCACAGUCAAAUCUUUCAGAAAUAUCAAGUCUGGUAAUGUGAUCAACGACAUUUUACAUCUGUGUAGGUCUUUUUGCCUCAGUCUCAGCACUGGUGUCUCUUUAUUUCACUGCAUCUAUUUCAUUUUUUUAAUUUUUAAUUUUAAAUGUGUGAAUGUUAGAUAGUAGACAAUGUUGCACAUUGGUGACUGUCAAACCAACGCUGUUAUCUUUUCAUGAAAUGUCUAGAUACGGUCUUGACAAUAAUCUGAAAAUGUUUUAUAAACAUUGGUUGGUUCAGAAUGAAAACCUUAGCUGUCUUAAAUAUUUUAUGUAAAAAAAUCAACAGUGUGUAUGUGUGUUAAUAUAUAUUGUUGUACGUUAGCAAGGUUUUUAAACAGCCUAUUGCUUUAUGUUUUCAAGUACUGCUGGCUCUAAACAUUCAAACAUUUUGUACAGUGGAAAUGAGCAUGAAGUACUUUUUUUUCGAGCAAUUAUAAAUUGCAUUUAAGUAUAUACAGAAUAUUUAUCCCUCUUUGUCAACUACAAAAAAAAUUCCCAGCCUCUUAGUGCUACAUUGAUUUUUGAUAACUUGACAGGAAUAAAUUGGAAAAAGUGUACAUACACAAGCAGGAUAAAAUGCAGCUGGUCAAACUGCAGCACUGCCAAUGUGAGAUUCAAUUAGAACUGUUAUGUCGUACAAAAUGUUUACAUGUAUUCGAUUGAUCUUCACCGUGUAAAGCAAAAUUGUUAUCAAUGUAUUAAAACGGCAUUUAUGCAAAAGAAAUAUUUUCAGACAAGAAAAUGCACAAGGUACCUUUGUUCAUGUGUUCUUUAUAUAUAUUUUUUUAUUUUCUUUUGCACUUUAAAAGCAUAUAAUAAAUCCAAGAGUUGCAUUUAAA